AUGAGCACGCUGGCGCAGCCGCGGUUCGCCCCUCUCCCUACGGAGCAAAUUGAAUCCCAAACAGAUGCCGUGGCUGCAGGGUACCAGUUCCGGCUGGUCUCUUACAACAUCUUGGCCCAGGUUUAUGUUAAGAGUACGUUUUUUCUUCAUACUCCAUCUGCGUGCCUCAAGUGGAAAUCUCGAUCGAAAGCUAUUCUUACAGAACUGAAGAGCUUUGAUGCUGACCUCAUGUGCAUACAGGAGUUGGAUGAGUAUGAUACCUUCUACAAGAAAAAUAUGGAAAACUCUGGAUAUUCAAGUAUUUACAUUCAGCGAUCUGGAGACAAAAGAGAUGGCUGUGGUAUAUUCUAUAAACCUAAAAGUGCAGAACUGGUGCAGAAAGAAGGAAUACAUUACAAUGAUUUAGUGGAAAAAUACGUUCCUAGUGAUCAUGUAAAUAGUGCCCUGGAAAAUAAUUCUUCAACGGAAGAAGACAAGAAUGCAAAACCAGAUAAUAGCAAGCGCGGAGAUCCAAAUGAUCCGCGCGUAAGAUUGAAGCGUGACUGUGUUGUUCUGCUCGCAGCUUUCAAGCUUAGUGAUCCUUGUGAUCACAUUUUAAUUGUGGCAAACACACAUAUUUAUUGGGACCCAGAAUGGAUCGAUGUAAAGUUAGCUCAGGCAAAAUAUCUUCUUUCGAGAGUAUCUCAGUUUGAGCAACUCAUCUCAAAUAAAUAUGAUUGUAAACCUUCAGUGAUCAUUGCUGGUGACUUCAAUUCGACCCCUGGUGACAAGGUAUACAAUUACCUUGUAUCUGCCAACCUAGAAUCUACAGAUGAAGCUCCAAUCAAGCUACGCAGCCUUUAUGCUGAGAAUGGAGGGGAGCCAGAGUACACAAAUUACACUCCUGGUUUUACUGGAACACUGGACUACAUAUUCUUGUCGGAUGGUAGUUCAAUAAAACCUACUAGCCUACUUUGUUUGCCGCGAGGGGAUUCUGACGAUGUGAAAGGAGGCUUGCCUAACUUUCAACAUCCUAGCGAUCAUCUACCAAUUGGUGCUGAUUUUCUUGUAGUUAACAGCUAG